UUCGAACAAAAGCUUAACUUAUGCCAAAAUAACAAAACAAUGAUCAAGAUGAUUUACAAAGGAUUCGUAUUAUUAAUCAUAAGCUCGACUGCAUUCACGGCCAGAAAUGACGUCCACGUAAUUGACAGCAAUAUUAGGCCCGAAAUGGAGGCCCACGUGAUCAGCAAAAUGAUGGACUUUGUCGACAAACCCACUAAUCAAUCUUUGGCUGAACGAAUGGUCAAGGAAUUGGACACAAAGUACCCUGGUGUAAUUGGUCAGAUUGGGUGGAUCGGACAGUUUAUGGUGAACGCAACCGCAUCCCAGCUAUAUAUGUCACUAGAGGUUGAGUCUUAUAUUAAGCUCCAAUAUCGUCAAUAUGUGCUGGGAUUAUAUAGGCCAAUACCAGUGACACUUAAGCAAGUAAGUAAUUAGCAAUAUAAAAUACACAUAUAAUAAUUAUUGAAUUCUUGCUAAUAAUUAGAUUUAUUAAAUUAUUUAAUAAUGAUAUAAAUAAUUAAAUAAUACUUGAAUAUNAAUACACAUAUAAUAAUUAUU